AUGUUCGCUCGUACAUUCCAGGGUGCCCUAUCCUUGUCGUCUAGAAGGCUAGCCUCCACAUCGGCCAAAAUUGUCCCUGACUUGGUGCCAUUGAAACUCGACUCUAUCGGAUCUCAAUCUCUCUACUCAGUAAUCUCCAUCUACAACAAGAAGUACCUUGUCACCAAAGGUGAUAAAAUAAUACUCCCCUUUAAAUUAAAAGAUGCCGAAGUUGGUGAUCUGCUUAUCUUUAACCAGGUCUUAACCUUAGGAUCCCCACAAUACACUUACCACGACGCAAAGGGUAUUCCUCAAGAAGCGUACAACAUCCAAGCUAAAGUUGUCGAAAUCACCAGAGAGCCAUACUACGAAGUCAUCAGAAAGAAACAGAGAUGUAGAAGAGGUAAAACAAUACCUGUUGAGCCUUACCAAACUCAUUUAAUGAUAAAUGAAUUAAAAUUAACUUAA